UUCUUCUCUCUGUUUAACAAAAACAGUUUGCCCAGAGGAAGCAGGACAGUGCUGGGAAAUCUGUAUGGAUCACUGCACAAAUGAAAGACGUCCAGAGGAAAGGCAGCUUCCUACGUGAGAGAUACGUUCUAUCCAAAAUGCGAAGAUCUCGCUGAAGGGCCUCGCCGGGGAAUUAUUUGGCAACAUGAAUGGGAAGAUCGCACUUUGUACUGAUAGUUGAUUCGACUCGCUUCGGAGAAGCGGCGGGGCGAUUGUUUGCUCCGCAGCCUCCAAGCGGAGUUUCCUCGGCGGACGGUCUCUCUGCACUGAUCGCUUUCAAUUGAACUGGAAGACGACUGUUACCGAAAAUGCAGGGAGUUUCAACAACUGAUAUCCCACCCCCAGCGGUGCAGUUAAAGUGCAGCCCGACGGACACACAGCUCCGUCAGGCAGGAGCAGGAACCCUCGCUGCCCCCAGGCCGUACCCCAGUGACCCGGCGGGGAGAAAGUGUCACCAGGCUGCCGCUGCACCCCGGCGGCCUGCCUCACAGAGACCCCAAGUUCCCCCUAAACCCUCACACCUACUCGGCCUGGGAAGAGAGAAGAGCCCGAAGUGGAUUCCCCCUGCGCCCUCACGACCUCUGCCUGCUGCUCCCACACCGAAGCCCAGCAAGGCACCCACCUGCUUGGGGAAGCCAGACGCCGAGAAGACCGUGAAGAGCGUCUGCCUGCUGAUCGAGAAGUUUGAAAACUCAGGAGUGCCAAUCUUUGGUGCCCACCGGAGGGAGCAGCUCCACCUGACUCUGGCCAUGGAGGAAACACCAGAGGCCACGCGGGAUCCCAAAGAGCUGCCGUCCAUGGGGCAGGGGAACGAGGACUCAUCCCAAAUGGGGCAACAGGCACUUAGCAUCUCGGGAGGGACUGGGGACGUCAUGGAGCUCUCUGCCUUGAGCACUUUGCGGAUUGAUGAAAGGAGUGUGGUGGGAAUUGGGGACGGCACAGGCAGCGGUGACCAUGACACCUGCAGGACUGAGGGCCCAUGCGAGCUCGGAGACAGCCGGGACUCGGGUACCAUGGAGCAAAACGGCAGCGGGAAAAUCCCGAACAGGGACAGCGGCAUAGACAGCCCGUCGUGCGCCGUGGAAGGUGAAGUCUUCACAAACGAGGACGCCAUUGAUGAGGAGGAGCAGAACGACAGUGUGACCGAGACCGAGACGGAGAUGGAUAGCGAGGCUAGGACCUGCGUGACCCUGGACAACAAGAGGGACUCAACGCAAGACGAGGAUAGUGACAUGGACGAGGUCAGCAGUGGCGAGCAGGAGGGCGCUGAGCUGCUGAAGAGCGAGCAGCACAGCAAGGGCCGCAGGUGCUCCGAGUCCAGGAGGCUGCUCAACAUUGCCAGAGAGCUCCUCCAAACAGAGGAAGCCUAUGUGAAGAGGCUUCACCUUCUGGAUCAGGUAUUUUGCACCAAGUUAACAGAAGCCGGAAUCCCACAGGAGGUCAUCACCGGAAUUUUCUCCAACAUUUCCUCCAUCUACUGCUUCCACGACAAGUUCCUCUUGCCAGAUUUGAAGACCCGGAUCUCUGACGAAUGGGACUCAAAUCCACGUAUCGGUGACAUCCUGCAAAAGCUGGCGCCCUUCAUGAAGAUGUAUGGGGAGUACGUGAAGAACUUUGACCGUGCAAUGGACCUGGUCAACACCUGGAAUCAACGGUCAUCCCAGUUUAAGAGCAUAGUCCAGAACAUCCAGAAACAGGAAGUGUGUGGGAACCUGACCCUGCAGCACCACAUGCUGGAGCCCGUGCAGCGCAUCCCGCGCUAUGAGCUGCUGCUCAAGGACUACCUGCGGAAGCUUCCCGAAGAUGCGCUGGACAGGAAGGAUGCGCAGAAUGCCCUGGAGCUCAUCUCUACUGCGGCCAACCAUUCCAAUGCAGCAAUAAGGAAAAUGGAAAAGAUGAACAAGCUUUUGAAUGUGUAUGAGCGGCUGGGCGGAGAGGAGGACAUUGUGAACCCAGCCAAUGAGCUCAUCAAAGAAGGCCACAUCAAAAAAAUGUCGGCCAAGAACGGCACUGCUCAGGAUCGCUAUCUCUACUUGUUCAACAACAUGGUGCUGUACUGUGUACCAAAGCUCAGGCUGAUGGGCCAGAAGUUCAGCGUGAGGGAGAGGAUCGACAUCGCUGGCAUGGAGGUGCAAGAGAAAGUGAAGCACAACUUGCCUCACACUUUCGCCAUCAUCGGCAAGCAAAGAUCUCUGGAACUGCAAGCCAGGUCUGAAGAGGAAAAAGAAGAUUGGGUCCAGGUGAUCCUGGCCACUAUUGAGAAGCACAAACAGAACAGUGAGACCUUUAACAAAGCCAUUAACAGCUCCUUUUCCCGCGACGAAGACCAGCUGCCUGAGUCUCCUGGCCUUUGGAGCAACAUGUCAGUAGACUCAGAUGGUGGAGGUUUCCAAGAAAGGAAAAGCUCCAAGAAGAAGGAGAAGGAGAAGCAGACAUGUAAAGGGUGCAAUGAGAGCUUUCACUCCAUUACCAAACGCCGACACCACUGCAAAGCCUGUGGAGCGGCUAUCUGUGGGAAAUGCUCUGAGACUAAGGUUUCCGAGAACAAGACCAGCCGAGUGUGCCGGGAGUGCUUCUCUGGGAUGGCGGGGGGCCAGGGGCAAGAGGGCCUGGGGACUGCCGGAGAUCAGAGGAAGAAGGCCCAUGUGGAGAAGCAGAACUCCGUACCUGUAGAGAGCUGCCACUUCAGUGGCCUUCUGCACGUUCAGGAGAAGGGGAAGAGUUGGACGAAGGCCUGGGCAGCCAUCACCAAGGCUGAGCCAAAUGUUCUGCACCUGCAGAGUGCCGCACAGGAAAGCCGCUUUCCCCAAGCGAUCCCCUUAACCGGAUGUGAAGUGAGCACACCCACGGAGAGGCAAGAAAUGAAGUAUGUUUUUCGGCUGAACCUGGCCCAACAGGUGCUGCUAUUCAGUGUCCAAGACCAGGAACUCCAUACAAAAUGGAUGGAGGUUCUCUCCAGGGCAUCCAGGGGCGAAGCACCGACAGAGACUCCUGUCAGUCAGGCUGAAUUCAGAAAGAGUCAGUAGUGUUCCAUCGCCCUUCUCCAUGUACAGUGUACGUCUUACUUGAAUUCACUCUACCGUGGCACUUUCCUGUUAUAUAUUGUAUCCUCAGAGGGGCUCCUCCCCUAAAACCCCCUGUUUGCUAUCACGUUUAUGUCUUUGCUGGUCUUUUUUAAAUGUUCUUCUCCAUUAUUAGGGGAGAUGAGAAAAUAUUUUGAAUCCUUUUUUGUAUGACAUGACAUAUUCUCUAAGGCAUUCACUGAACCAUGGUUUUAUUUAUGUUGUUUUUGUCCUCCCCGCCACCACACCAAGAAUGACAUGCCCAUUGUGAAGCAUUAUUCCUGCCCCAUAUCGCUCCCGUCUGAUUCAGUAUUGACAGUAAGAUGUGACCCCGGCUGACUCUGACUGGCUCGGUGCCUGAUCCUGUGAAGAAUGUACAGUGUGUAUAAUGUGUCUUUAGGGUCCAAAACUGUCCAUUUUAAGUUAUAAGAAGUCAAAGCUUGUGGCUGGCCACUGGAUUGCAACCCAACCGAAUAUGUCUCUGUGCAUGUGAUGUCACCUGUGAAUCAGAGACUUGUCCCUGAGGAUAGUCUUGCUAUAUAAAACGUACCAAAAAACAAGUACUGUAUGUUUGGCGCCCUGGAAAUGAGACAUGAGAAGGAUUUCUGCCUGCAUGUACAUUUACAUGUGUUGUGUUUUUAAACAGACUGGGUCGUCUUUAAAUACAUGUACAUCCAGACUUAUCACAUAUUUAACCAGGACCAUGACAUUGAAAUACAUAAGCAGAUCAUUAAAUAAAUAACAUGUACAAUUCAUAA